AUGAGAGGUGGACCUUUUGGACGAACCUAUCGUUCAAUACGAAAAGAUUUUGACACCACCGAUUCAACGAACCAGACCGAUGACGAUCAUUAUCGAGUACCCAAUGCGUAUGAAUUUGUUAAUACUCUUCAUACUUCUACCGUUCCUAGAGCCCUUGAAAAAGCCAAAUCAAAAGAAAAAUCCAAAAAGGAAUUGAGAAGACAACGGAAGUAUGCAGACAAAUCAAAAUAUGAAAUGGCUGAUAGUAAGGAACUACGAAAAUUAUACAAUGAAAAGAUGCAGGACAAAGUAGAGCCUACUGCUACUAUUGAAAAGACUCCGCAAGAGCCUCAAACUAUCAUCAACCUUGAUAAAAAGGAUCAUGAACAAGAAGAUGAAAAGCUUUUGAAGAAUAAUUGGAAACGAAUUUCAAUAAGUUAUGGAAAUUUGAAAACAACAGACGCAGAAGACUUUGAUAAUACAACAACCACGGACAGCAUUAAUUAUUCCUCCGACGAGGACAAGACAGAAUAUGAUGUAAUGACCAGGAAAGAUGAAACGCUCACUGAACCAGUUGAGGACGAAUCUUUACGCAAACAAGAAAAAAAGCGAGAGACUUCAGGAGAAUAUGAUUUUAGACAACUCACUUUUGAAUCUCAAUCACUGGAUCAACCCAUUGCUGUACACAAAAAUUUGAAGCAGAUCUUUGAUAGCAUCAUUGAUAAGGAUGACUUGUUUCGACAAAGUUAUAAUCCUGCUCAAAUUAGUGCGAAAACUCAAGCUGUUUACUUUAGAUAUUCCAUACUAUCUCAAGUUCCAAUUCAAUCAUUGGUGGAUGGAGGAAAUAUCACAUUGUUGGAUCUUUCUAAUAAUUAUAUUUCAUCAAUACCAACGUGGUUUGCAACUACUUUAAAGUCCCUUACCUAUCUAUUCCUUCCUAACAACUAUUUAUACGAAUUACCAGAGAACUUUUGUGAAAUGAAAAAACUCAGAGAAUUAGAUUUAAGUUACAAUGCGUUCGAGUAUAUACCAAGUGCUAUUUUAAAACUUCCAAAUAUUAUAACCUUAGAUUUCAGUAAUAACUCGCUAUUAUUAUUGCCAAACGAUGUUUCAUUAUUGAAGAAUACUCUAACUGAUCUCAAUAUUUCAUACAAUGAGCUUAGAGAAAUUCCAGAUGAUAUUCGACAAUUGAAAAAGUUAAAAUAUUUCAAGUAUAACGAAAAUGAUUUAUUCUAUUAUACCACAUCUCUCAUCCUCUCAAAACUUAAUAUUGAAGAAGAUCUUAGAAUCAAGCCUAGAAAUAGAAGAAGAUCUGUGAAAGUAUCAAGCUACCUCUUUGGAGGAGGUAUUACAGAAUCAUUUGGAGAGGAAGAUAGUCCAGAGAGUAAGAAAAUCAAUGAACAGUAUCAAUUAUACAUCCCUAAACGUCAGGUGUUGCUGUUGCAGUUCUUAAACUCUGAAAGCGAAUACAUUACACACUUGAAUGUGUUAAACGAUAUUCUCUAUACUCCAUUACUGGAAAAGUGGUCCGAGUUCAAUAUUGGUCAGAAUGAGAAGGAAUAUAUUUUACAUCCAAUAGUCCUUAGAAUCAUUCGACAUGCGAGAGAACUUUUUGUAGAUUUAAAGAGCAAAAUGCUUCCACUUACUCAAUCUAGGACCAUCAAAACUGAGGACACUAUUGAAAUUUCAAAAGUAUUUUCAUCACGCUUAGAUGAAUUUAGAGAAUUAUAUAUCAAAUAUCCUACAUUAUAUGAAAAUGCAGCAGCGGUACUGAACAAGAUCAGGAAAAAUAAUGAUGAUUUUGAUAAGUAUCUCAAAGCAAGAAAAAGACUUCCCAUAUGUGGAGGUCAUCUUUAUGACUCGUUUUUGUUGCUUCCCGUGACUAGACUUUACAGCUAUGUGAAAUAUUUACAAAAGAUACUAAGAUAUACUCCUGAAUCACAUUCUGACUUUAAGAAUUUGCGAUUACUGGUGCGAGAAAUGAGACACAUUCUUCAAGAACAAGACGAAUAUUUCUAUAGAAUUAAUAACAAGUACAAACUGUUGGAGAUUGAAAAAAAGUUGAAGAUGCACGAAUCUCUUCUAAAACCAGGAAGAUUUUUCUUAAAAGAAGGAAGACUUAUUUUAGGUCAAAAUAAGGGAAUCAACAACUUUAAGAAAGAUGUAAUGAAUAGACUAUAUAAUAAGGGAACUAUUUCAGAAAUUAGAGGUCAGGUUUUACAGAAUUGGGAUGCUGUGAAAAGCAAAUCCUUUGAAGAAUUAUUAGAGCUAAGAUUCACCGAAUUAUAUGUACAGGUUUAUUUGAUGAGUGACAUUAUAAUCAUCAAGGAGACAAACUUUGUUCAAAAACUAGUCUCACGCUUCAACAUCUACCCCUUAAAAGGAGCCUCUGUAGUGUUGGGAGAAGAACCAUUGCCACAAGAAACUGAUUCUCUCACUUCUCCUGGUAGAGAUUCAAGCCCCAUCAUUGACUCAAGUCAUUCGAACUUUAAUGAAAUUAACACAGAAACUAGCAAGGACGAUGAAAAAGAAGAGAGAGAAUUUACAUUGGUCAUUAAUACGCUUUCAAAACGAAUUCCACUUAGUUUCAUAUGCGAGAGUAAGGAAGAGUGUAUGGAAUGGUUUAAGGAAAUUGAAAAGGCAAUUCAAACACUCGAAAGCAAACAUGAUGAAUCUGAAUCUGACGAGAAACUGCUGCAAUCUUAUGAGUUUGUGGAGUCUGGUGAACGAGAUGCUACCUCCGACAUUUCUAACAAAUCAUUUCAUUGA